AUGGCGGACUCUCAGUCUACAAUCAGCUCCGAAGCUCUGAAUAGAUCACUAGUUUCAGAAUAUGGCAAUAUUGAUGACAACCUUAUGACCCCAUCUGAUGUGGACAUAUUCAAUGUCUUUGUUAACUCAGCUUUUGAGCCAGUAAUUCCUAGUAUAACACACUUUAUAUCUAUUAUGGAGUUCAAAGAAUGGAUAUUUAGACGUGUCUUUACUAUGGUGAACUUGAUUGGUUUAGCUACAACAUUUAGAAUCAAAUCAGUAGCUUACUCUUUUAGCUGCAACUUUUUCAGGCCCUACUGGAAGCGUUAUUUUAAUUCAAAUUUCUCCCAAUCACUGAUUUUGAGUCGUUUGUUUUUAUUAGAAAUGGAACACAGGUAUGUGAGUUGGAUGAUAUCAUGGGAGAAUCAAAGGGAACAAGAAAGAAAAGGAAAGGUCGAGAAAUUGCAAGAGGAGGUGCAAAGAACGAAUGAACAAAAGCAACAUCUGACCCUUCAAGAACAGGGCCAAGAUCUUCGUUUUACCGAAAUGCAGCGGACCAGAAAUGAGUAUUUUAGCCUAGAUUUGAAUGAUGUGCGUAUGGAAAUAGAGCAGAGCUCCCAAGAAUAUUUGGAUGAUCAAAUAGCACAGAGUUCUAGAGUUGAGUGUCAGGACUUUAUAUUUUAUUUGUCGCCAAACCAAUGGAUAGCUAGCACGACGGAGCAAGAAAACACAGGCAAUCGGCAACAUAGAGUUGUAGAAAGAUUCAGGCAAGGAAUAACACGACUUGAACGCCAAUGGCAGCACAUUACCUUUGAUUCUAUGCUCCACAGGCUGAGACGAUAUUUUGAUUAUAGGGAGCAACCACUUUUCCGAGAAACACCUGCAUUUAUGCCAUUAGUUUCGCAUUUCUUGCCUUCCCCAUACUGGAUGCCAGUUAUGCCCCCCGAUAGGAUCUUUAGUGAGUCCAGACCACCCAUGGUGUUAGAGCAUGAUGAAGUGAAUGAUUUUAGCCCUAGUCUAAGACCUUGGCUUUUGUGCUCACUGAGUAUUGAACUGAGUAUAGAUGAUUUACCACGAUACACCUUGACCCCUAGAAAUGAUGAAAACCUUUACACUUUCCCAGGCGGUUUCCCUCCUGAUUACCAUAGUAUGAUCUGA